CCAAACAUCAUCUUUUCUCCUUUUGGAAACUGAGGGAAUCUUACUGCAUAGGAAUACUUAUUAGAUAGCUAAUGUUUGUGUUCUCUAAGCAAACAGAGUGCAGUGUGCGGAUCAGAAAAGUAGUUAUCGCUCUGAGGAGAAAUCGGACUGAACUUAUUUCUCCUACGUAAGCUGGCUGCAAGCUAGUGAUGGGAUUCCUCCAGAGCAGUUCUUGGCCAGAUAGCUUUCUCCUUGUGCUGUGAGUUACUGCAGUAGGCAGAAUGGCUCUGUAUUUUGGGGUUGUUUGCUCUUCGAGUUUUGUUUCAGGUGUGGCUUUUUUUGUUGUUGUUUUGUAGAAGGUGCUGGAUUACAGUCAGAGAGUAAUAGAAUUUUUUUUUUUUUUUGGUCUCUUCAAUGGCAUCAGCAGUGCAGGAUGGGAUUUAGGAAUAAAUUUAUUCAGAAUAAAUAUUUUUGUGGAGAGAGAUGAGAAAUUGGAUUGGGUAUAUUUGAGAGGAGCACUGAAAGUACAGUUUAAGAGGAGUUGUGGCUCUUCCUGAAAACCUCAGUGGGAAAGAUGUAAGGAUUUUGAUUUGAAAAGGAUCACAUGACAUACUACAGACAUUUGUUCCCUCAAUUUCAUCAGUGUUUUGGUGCAAAACAUGAUUUUCCAUGUUUCAGUGUAACAAGUGUAUUUAGCUUGGAAAAAAGGAACAAGGGUUAGUCUUUUUAUUGCCUUCCAGAAGACUGGAGAAAAUGUUCUUGCACAAUAUUGGAUUUUCCCCCCUUAAUGAUUUUUAUGAUUGAAGUUAAUUGCCACAUUGAAACAAAUACAAAAAGAGAAGGAAAAACAACCAUAAGCGCUAGUUACUUUUUAUAUGAGAAUAAAGUGUUACAAUGUCUUCUAAUGGCAGCUCACUUCCAUGACAGAUUUCAUUAGCAGGUAGAGGCAUUUUUAUGAUUCUAUGGAACAGUAACCUAAAUUUAGAGUAGCUACGGAAAUUGUUGGGAGCAAAAACUAAGUAUGUACAUGUAUAUGCAUAUAAUACCAAAAAGUCCAAAUAACCUACACUUGUAAGUAAAGGAAGUUUGUAUUCACUAAUCUUAUGAACUCCUUUGGAAGCUUAGAUUUUUUUUAUCUCCAGCAGCAGGAAGUCUUCAUUUUCACCUGUUGAGAAAAACACAUUGCUAUGAGAAGACAUGGGUUGAAGUUUGCCUGUGGACAGAGCUUGAUUAACCAGACCUACGUGUUUCAUUAACUUUUUGCUAUUAGAGUAUUUACUUUCUUUGUUUUUGGUCUAGCAAGUUGGCACAAGUCAAGAGUUGUGUGUGGGAAGACACCUCAGCGGAGUCGAGCUUACUGUCACUUUACUUUUCAAUCAGUUUCUUUUACUGAUACAUAAAUGUUAUCCCAAUGCAAUGCUUUUUCUGCAAAUAAAAUUAUUUCUGCUUAGUAGAAAGGAACUGUACGUCAUUGAUCUUUGCCGUUUUUACGGUGAACCUCCUUAAAUUGCAUGUAUAUGUUACUGUUCCUAUGUAUGUGUGUCUCUCUAUCACAUAACCCAGAACUUAUUUCCUCAGCCAAAUGGCUAGGGGCCGAGCCUAGCCAUGAUUUUACCUCCAAUGGACGCAAGUUUCUAUGGUGAAGAUAUCUCCUGAGAGUUCGGGACUAGCAGAAAGAAGCGAGGAAAUUUCGACCGUUUGGUUCUUACGGAUAGGUAUUUAUGUAUUCGGGUUUGUGUGAAUGUAAGCUAUUUGACUUUCCAGAAAAACAUAUUUUGCAAGUGACAUUGAUUGGUUGGUUGAACCACGUACGGUAAGAGCUGUUAAGGAAAUGGAUCCCACUUAAAACUAUUAAAGGAUACCUUUGCCUUUAAUUGUAGUAAUUUAUUAUUUUCUUUGAGAGGAAUUUAGACAAUUAAACAAAUUUUUUCAAUAGUUGGUGACAAAUGAUUAGCAAAAUUAAACGUAACUCCUAAAAGGAAAAAUGUUUUAACAUAUAAGUUUUUUUUUUUUUCAUUUUUAAUGGGUAAGUAUUUAAGUAGUCACAUAAACCCAAGCCCUAAGUUUUUUGCAUUGACCAGCUUUUUCAUCUUGCAGGUAUGAUGGGCGUGGUCACCUACAUGACCUUUCUGAAUAUGAUGCUGAAUAUUCCACGUGGAACAGAGAUUAUCAAUUGUCUGAAGAGGAAGCUAGAAUAGAUGCCCUCUGUGAUGAAGAGAGAGGAGGAAUAUAAGAGACUGAGUGAAGCUUUGGCAGAGGAUGGUACCUAUAAUGCAGUGGGAUUCCGUUAUGGCAGUGAUUAUUAUGACCCUUCAGAACCCACUGAGGAGGAGGAGCAUCAGCCUGCAAAACAAAGAGAAACAGCUCAGACAGAAAACGUAGAAGAAAAUGAGGAACCUUUUGUUGCACCUUCAGGGCUGAACGUACCUUCUGAUGUGGAAUUGCCGCCAACAGCAAAAAUGCAUGCAAUUAUAGAACGAACUGCAAACUUUGUUUGUAAGCAGGGAGCACAGUUUGAGAUUAUGCUAAAAGCCAAGCAAGCACGCAACUCCCAGUUUGACUUCUUGCGGUUUGAUCACUACCUCAAUCCCUACUACAAAUUCAUUCAGAAAGCUAUGAAAGAGGGACGAUAUGCUGCUCCUUCUGAAAAUAAAACAGAAGAGAAAAAACAUUCAAGAGUCAAAUCCGAGGAAGAUGAUGAUGACGACGACGAUGAUGAUGGAAACUAUCUGCAUCCAAGUCUCUUUGCGUCUAAAAAGUGCAGUAGACUUGAAGAGCUCGUGAAGCCUUUGAAGGUAGUAGACCCUGAUCAUCCACUUGCAGCACUGGUCCGCAAAGCACAAUCAGAUAAUAACACAUCUACACCACAGUCAACAGAAGGGGCAGCUGUACAGACAUCACAAGUAGAAUAUUCUUCUGAUUCAACUGUGGCAGCCAUGUAUUACAGUUACUACAUGCUACCUGAUGGAACCUAUUGCCUCGCACCUCCACCGCCAGGAAUAGAUGUUGCCACCUACUACAAUGCGUUGCCUGCAGGGGUGACUGUAUCAAGCACUACAGGGGUAGCAACAGUGCCUCCACCCCCUGGCACUACACCUCCACCUCCCCCAGACACAACUGAUAGCAGCAGUGGGUUGACUACUACCACCACUUCUACAAGCACAAUUGCUCCAGUGGUUGCCAUUAUACCUCCACCCCCAGAUAUCCAGCCUGUUAUUGACAAGCUAGCCGAGUAUGUUGCUAGGAACGGAAUAAAAUUUGAAACUAGUGUUCGUGCCAAGAAUGAUCUUAGAUUUGAGUUUCUGCAGCCAUGGCACCAAUAUAAUGCUUAUUAUGAAUUUAAAAAACAGUUCUUCCUUCAAAAAGAGAGCCAUGACAACUCUCAGGGAGUAUCUUCAUCUGAAGAUGUUCCAACAGAUACUGCCUGUGAUACACCAAGUGAGACUCAAUUUGCAGAUGAACAUACACCUGAAGAUGCUUCUGAUCUAAAUGCUAAGGGACUUCCAGGAACUAAAAAAGAUGUUCCUCCUCCUAAAACUGUCAGUGAUGGUAAAUUGGUGAAAGCAUCGUUUGCUCCAAUAAGCUUUGCAAUCAAGGCCAAAGAAAAUGACCUUCUUCCCUUGGAGAAAAACCGUGUUAAAUUAGAUGAUGACAGUGAUGAGGAGGAAGAAGAGGGCAAGGAAGGCCAGGAGAACACUAAUACUGCUUCAAACCAUACUCCAGCUGUUACCACUCCUUGUACUGCUGCUGAAGAGAAAAAACCUCAACUUACGCAGGAGGAGUUAGAAGCUAAACAAGCAAAACAGAAGCUAGAGGAUAGACUAGCCGCUGCAGCAAGAGAGAAGCUUGCACAGGCCUCCAAAGAAUCAAAAGAAAAGCAACUACAAGCAGAACGUAAAAGGAAAGCUGCGCUGUUCUUGCAGACCCUGAAAAAUCCUCUGGCAGAAGCAGAGGUUGAGAAGAUUGAAGAGAAUUCCUUCAAUAUCGAGAGCGUCAGUAGUAUACCAUGUCCUGUCACUGCAGUCAGAACUUUACCUACUUUAGAAGUUAAACAAGCAGAAAGGCCUUCAAGCAAAAGCAAAGAUCCUCCUAGGGAUGAAGAAAAAGAAAAGAAAAGAAAGAAACACAAGAAACGAUCUCGGACAAGAUCUCGAUCACCUUCCAAGUAUCAUUCAUCGUCUAAGUCCAGAUCGAGAUCACAUUCAAAAGCAAAGCACUCACUUCCCACUGCCUAUAGAACUGUCAGGCAUUCAAGGUCACGAUCAAGGUCACCUAGGAGGAGGGCUCACACGCCAGAAAGGCGGAGAGAGGAAAGGAGUGUUCCAACAGCUUAUCGCAUUAGUAAUAGUCCUGGAAAUAGUAGGAAACGCACACGUUCCAGAAGUCCCCAUGAAAAGAAAAAGAAGAGGCGGUCUAGAUCACGUACCAAAUCCAAAGCUAGGUCUCCUUCACCAUCUGCGUCACCAGGCAAACCAUCCACACACAAAAAUUCUGUACAUUCAACUAGUGUCUCUCCUGUGGAGAGUAGGGAAUCCAGCCAGGAACGCUCCAGGGGAGUUUCUCAGGAAAAAGAUGGCCAGAUCUCUUCAGCAAUUGUAUCUUCAGUGCAGAGUAAAAUCACUCAGGUACAAAUCUAUUCAGAGCAUCUUGCCUAAUUACGUAUUUCCAUCAUGUCAUAUUCUCCAUUUAAUAUCUUGUACAGUUCCGAGCUUUGCAUGCAAUGUAGAGACAUGCUCAUUGUCAUUCAUAAUCUAUUUGCUUAUCAAAAAAAACAAUUUUGUUGCUUCUCUAGCUGCUGUCUUUUCAAGUGUCAUCAAACCUCUAAAGGUCAAGCUCAGUUUAAUGCAUAGUUAAGAUAUGAAGUCCACCUUAUGCUGGAACAAUCCAUCAGUUACCAACAGCAGGUAUUAUUGAGAGCCCGUCUUACCAGCUGGUAUUUCUAACUCCUUUCAUGGAAGGAAGAACAAAGGAGAAGCACCUUGGCAGCGGUUAAGUUUGUAGGGCUGGCAAAGGGAAAAAUAUGUUGUCUUGUAAACUAAAGCAAGUAUGCUUUGCCUCGAGCAGUAUCUUCAAGUCAGUUAUCUUACUCUUGUUGCUGUUUACAUCUGUGAACUUUUGUUGUUUUGAUUUUGUUGAUAUAUUGUUUGCUGUGAAUCACCACAUGAUUAUCUGUGAACAAGUAUCAAGUAUAUGCCUCAGUAUGGUGUGCAGUGAACUAUGUGCGUUCAGUUUCCCUAACACAGUGUUAAUGUUAAGAUAUUCAACCUUUGUCAAAAUUGUUUCAUUUAUUUUUAAAAAGCGACUACCCGGUGUCACUGUUUUCAUAGUUUCUCCGUGUAUCUUUAACUUGCCUUUAAUUUUAUAUAUCAGUUUUAAAGGAGGAACGCUGUUUCUUAAUUACGCUUUGGAAGAUUUACAAAACAAAAUCAAAAUUGCUCUCCAUAUUAUAUUUUUCAAUGGAUAGAAGCUGAUGGUUCUUUCAGUGAGUUAAUAAUAUUCCAAGGUGUAGUUUCUCUUGGGAAACAGUGGUAGUUGGGAAUUAAUACUAUUAGACUAGUACCUUACACACUAUCUUUAAUUCAUUUUGGAAGAGAGACCAAGAACAGGAAUAUGUAGUAAAAUGGACAAUAAAAGCCAUAAGUACUGGAGAGAAAAAAACAGAGCUCUAAUGCCAUAGCAUUUCUUAAGCUACCAAAUAAACGCAAGGAAACCUCUAGUAUGAGAAAUGAGAUAUGAACUACGUCAGAGUCUUUGAGGUAAAGUAAUGUCCCAUCAUUUAAAAAUACGUACCUUUCAGACGAAGGUUAUUGCAUGCGUUUCUUGGAUUGAACAUUCUUUAUGGCAUAGCAUAUGCUAGCUAAUAUUGGUCUACUUGUUCAAAAUACAGGUAGAGAAGGAAAAAUUACUAGUCCUGGCCACUGAAUUGCAAUGCAGUUCAAAAUGCCCCUGAAGGACAGCUUCCAAAACGCAUUAAAACAUAGUUCUUAGUUACUAUUUCCGAAAAGUAGAACAAGAGCAAUGAGGCUUUUGGGAAUCUGCAAGAUGUGUCUCAGUGUAGAUUAAUUUAACAUCUGGUUAUCUUUGAAGGAGCAAAGAAAUCUAAUUUACCUAAUUAUUCGCAAGAUUGUUUUGCUGUCCAUAUGCUGGUUGACCUUGGCGAACUUUCGUAUCUUUUUCUCAUUCGAAUCCUCCCAUCUAUAAAGUGGGAAUAAUGAUGCUGAAUUCCCUUAUGAAGUGUUUUGAGAACUUCAGAUGAAAAAUGCUUUAUGAGAACCAGGUCUUUUAAUUCAUCUCUAUUUAAUUUGUUUUAAGUAAUUUGUAAUUCAUUAAUGGUGUACGCUUUUUAUUAUGUGAUCUUUUUAUUUUGCAGCCUAAUUAUCAGAUGCCAUUUACAUGAAAUUUCGUUUCCUCUUGUAAUGCUCUUCCCGCUAGAUGCUCAGACAUGAUCAAGAGCUGCUGUUUCAUUUUACAGCAGUCUUGUGUUUCAGUCUCUCUGGCAUAUAUGGAAAUUCCACUACACUGUAAAUUUUUGAUUCAGCUUUAAAAUCACCUUUGAAAUUUAAUGUUUGACCACAAGAUUUGUAAAUCUGUCCUUUAUAGAAUUGUUACUGCUUUCUUGUUACCAGUUCGUGUUCUCUUUCUCUCUCUCUCUCUCUCUCUCACUCACUCACUCACUCACUUAUACCUUCUCAGUUCUUAAUAGUUUUGGGUGUCAUGAAGACAAGCCGUAGUUUUGUUCAGUUUCAGUUAAGAUGAUUUAUGCUUUUUAUUGUGUAGAAAAACACAUAGAAAUUGCUGUAAAUACGUAAGUAGAACACUUUGUAGCAGUGUAGUGAAGGCAGAUUUUAGUUUCAGUUAUAGGAACUUCCUCCAAAUUACUUCAGCCUUUUAGAUUAGGGGCUGCCAAAAUUUGAGAAUGAUGAGACUGAGUAUUCUAUGUGACUGGAACAUGAGGUAGUUGUUUUAUGCAGGUUUUUGCUAUCACACGCUUCAGCUGUUUGAAGCCCAAGGAAGUCUGACAUUUUUCCUCUUAUUUUCUACAGGAUCUUAUGGCCAAAGUGAGAGCAAUGCUUGCAGCUUCCAAAAACAUACAAACUAGUGCCUCCUGAGACCUGGUGAACUGACCAUCAAGAAAUUAUUUGGGGGAAAAAAAUAUAUAUAUAAAAAAACUGCCUCAUCUCAAAUGUACAGCUGAGCUUAGCUCACUUGGUUCACAACUCCCUUAUCUAAUAUGAUCAGAACUUAAGGAGCUAAAACCUAUCUUUCUGUACAGAGCUGUCUCCUUGGAAUUUCAUUGAAUUUUUUCAGCCAGAAUCUCUUUGGAAAGUUUUUGGUUUUUGUAAAUUGAUUUUUUUUUUGACUAAUUCUUCAGUAACAUUUUAUGAUCAGUCUAUAUGUGUAUAUUUGUAAAUAUCAUGUUUCUGUGAUAAGGUAUUACACAAUAAUAAAGAAGGAAACACCUUUCAUUA